GGUGUGAUGCUGGAUUGUCACAUAGGCCAGCUAUCUGUCUCUGGAGCCACACAAAAACCCGUGGCAGCUAAAGCGGCCUCGGACUCCAUUUUAUCCCCGCAGCGCAGACGACAAGACCCGAGGGACCUUCGGGGGCUGCGGCCUAGUCGAAGGGGAGCCCCGCCUCAGGAGGAGGAGGAGGAACAGGACGGAGAGAGCGAGGGCCUCCCUUCUUGUGGCUCCCUCCAGGCAGCCGCCCGCCAUGAACAAGGCUGAGAUGGCGGACGAGGCGCUCUUCUUGUUGCUCCACAACGAAAUGGUGGCCGCCCUCUACCGCGCUUCAGAGCAAGGAGACGGGGAAAAUGGACGAUGCAUCACGAAAUUGGAAAACAUGGGAUUUAGAGUAGGACAGGGUUUAAUAGAAAGGUUUACCAAAGAUACUGCCAGAUUCAAGGAUGAAUUAGAUAUCAUGAAGUUUAUCUGCAAAGAUUUUUGGACAACGGUAUUUAAAAAGCAAAUUGAUAAUCUCAGGACCAACCAUCAGGGUAUCUAUGUACUUCAAGAUAACAAAUUCCGUCUUCUGACUCAAAUUUCAGCUGGGAAACAGUAUUUGGAACAUGCUCCUAAGUAUUUGGCCUUUACUUGUGGAUUAAUCAGAGGUGCUUUAUCAAAUCUGGGGAUAAAGAGUAUUGUGACAGCUGAAGUUUCAGCAAUGCCAGCAUGCAAAUUUCAAGUGAUGAUACAGAAGAUAUAAACAUGUACAGAACACUGCUUGAUUUGUAAAAUGAUAAAAUAAACUGUAUAUUUUAUUUAUAAUUAUAGCACAAUGCAGCUGUCACGUGUUCUGUAAAAUGUCAAGUAAUUGUCAAAUAGACCAGUGGCCACUUUUCAUAAUCUCCUUUUUUAAGUUAUGUUUCAUUUUUUUGUCUCCAAGAUGUAUUUUACAACACUGUAAAGAUGUAAUGGAACCUUAAUUAAAUGCUGAAUUCUAA